AUGUCUCUACCCGUCGCACUUCAGUCCGUCGUCUUCUACGUUCUCGCCUGCACGCCAUGCACUCAGAUCCGGCAUCGACAAAAAGCAAGCGAGCAAUCUAAGAGGGAGCGCGAGGAGAAGGCGAGAGUAGUGGGACAGCAACCAGAUGUUUACCAGCAUCCCUCACCUUUCAACACAAACCCUUACUGGCAGGAAGAGAUCAACAUGGGACCAUCUUUACCGAAGAAAUCAGCGAGCAAAAAUUCCAGUCAGCGUGGCCUUACCAGUCAGGGUGCCGACAGUGCUUUCAGCGUAUCCGAACAGACGAACAAUGGUGGAAGCCGCAUGAAUUUUGGCGCUAGCAAUUCCGUCAUUGCCGAAGACGAUAGCCUCUCAGACGAUUGGAACCGACGCCAUGGAUAUCAGCGUGAGGAUGAGGAGUUAUGGGGACAUCACAAAUUCAUGGACGCCAUAUCUAAAGCGAGAGAUUCGGCUGGACGAUUAAUCGAGUCUACUCUCGGUCUUGAGAAGGAGGUGACUGAACAGCAACGCCACGAGUUUUACUUCCCCAAGAACCCACCAGUCAACGAAUAUCACCCUCCCGUCGUCAGCAGCAAGGCGCCUUCACGAAACGCCCACCAAUGGAUGUUGCAGCCGCCGCCAUCGGCCAAGGUCAUGGAGGGCAAGGUGCCCGUUAGCCGGGCUGGAAGUUCUGGAAGCAAGUCCAGCGGUAGGACACUGGUCGGAGAAGACACACAGCUCAGCCGUCUGGUUCACGAGAAGCUUGUUAAGGAGAAGUUGAGGAAAGAGCAUGGCAACCCUACAGAAACCGAACUCAUCGAAUCUCUCUUCCUGAACCGAACAAACCCAUCUCUUUCUAUCCAGCGCACCCGAAGCCUGUCAUUCGAGACUUCCGACGAUUCGCUUGAUAGUGGCUUCGCGAAGCGAAAGACAAGACUCCGACCCGUUGCUGCACCACCAGGAUACGAUUCUUCAGAUGAUGAUUCAGAUUCCGACGUGCCAGUUCCCUUUUCGCAAAGCGCCAGACAGUUGAGCACUCGCCGAAAGCCAUCCGUCGCCCAACGACCAAAGCUUGAGACCAUCGAGAGCACAAGGUCGGCUACUACCACAAGGAUGUCCUCGAAGCGAUCCAAGCGGCAAAGAUCCACUCGAUCAAAGAGACUUUCAGGCGCUGCCUCCCCUGUUGGCGACGAUACUGAUUAA